AGAGGUAGCCGUUGUAGCUUGAUCUUUGUUUCCUAAAACGGCUAGUUGUCUUUCCUCCACCGGCGGCAUGGUCCGAUGAGCCUCUUGUGGUUUGGGCUUCGCCGCUUGGUAUUUGCACAAUUCUUUGCGAUGAUCUACCCUGCCACAGAAAAAACAGAAUGAGUGGAUGGAUUCAUAUUCUAUAUUGUAGCUUUUCUGUCCUAAUAUGAAUCGUGGACAUAGUAGCUUGCUUAGAUCCACUUCAAUGCACACCCGAGCAAAUCAACCUUUGGUAGCCAUACCUGUGGUCAGAUCAAUUUUCAGGAGUUUACCAAUCUAUCUGGCUAUUACAUAGAGCACUUUCUCUUAGAAAAUAUUCUAUCGGAAGCUCUGAAAACCUAACCCAUGUGACGAUAGAGGUUCAAAGACUUUCGACACCUUAAAGUCAAGCUCCCAUUUACGCACCGUAAGGUAGUGGUCCACGAUGACCCACGGUCAAUGAUGAAAAUUUGAAUAAGGAGUAAUUGUUGCCUAGAUCUAUGGCAUUAAAUUCUUGUUGUAUGCCCCAUAAGUUUUUAACUCUUGGGCAGGGCAAUUUGUACCAAUGCUUUUACCUAGCAGUCGGACUACUAAGGCAUUAGUCCAUUUCGAAUCUGCUCCAGCAACUUCUUAGGGAGUUGAACUUGUGGGAUGCCCUGGUGGUUCUGGUGAGGAUGGUCUUGAUGGAUGUGGGCGUCGCUCUCAUCAUGUUCCUCGUCCGCCGAAAGCUGAUCCAUGGUCUCAUCAAAGUAGAAAUCGUUGUUUUUGGGAGCUGCUAGAGCUUCCUUGAACGACUUUAUCUUCUGGCCCUCAGUUGGUAGGGGGGAAGAAGUUGCAGAGGCUUGCGAGCCAUGCUCAGUCAAGUGGUGGGAGAACAAGCUAGGGAUUUCAGCAAUAUCAAUGCCGUCUUCACCUGUAUCUUCUUUGUUUUUGAUCUUCUUAGUGCUUCGGAUCAAAUGAUCUUACUCCUCUUGGGAUUUCAUGACUGAAACUGAGUUGUAAGUCGUUGGGUCACUCAUUCUAGAGAGAGAAGUUCCAAGUGUGACUCUUUUUGAUUAGUCUGCCAAAGUGUCCAACCUCCUUUUUUAUUACACACAUUCAUAUCUUCUAGACAACAGCACUACCAACAAACCCAACAAUGGCAUCCCAAAACACCCUCCUCCUUCGUCUCUCUACCCUCUUCAUCUCCCUCUCUCUCCUCACCCUCUCCUCCGCCGACGACGCCUCCGUGAUGACCAAGUUCGCCACCACCCUCUCCCCUCCCCCCUCCGACUGGACCGGCACCAACCCCUGCUUCUGGUCCGGCAUCAACUGCGACACCUCCAACCGCAUCACCGCCAUCAACCUCCCCUCCAAAUCCCUCUCCGGCUCUCUCCCCUCCACUCUCAACCAGCUCUCCAACCUCCAAUCCAUCUCCCUCCAGCGCAACUCCCUCUCCGGCCCCUUACCCACCUUCGCAAAUCUCUCUUCCCUCCAACAAGUCUUUCUCGACGCCAACAAAUUCACUUCCAUUCCCUCCGAUUUCUUUUCCGGCCUCACCAAUUUACAGACUAUGAGUCUCAGUGACAACAUAAAUCUUGCUCCGUGGACUAUUCCCUCAGAUCUCGUUCAGUUGAGUAGUUUGGAAAGUUUCUCCGCUAGCAACGCAAAUAUUGUCGGUUCGAUUCCGGAUAUUUUCGAUUCUUGUCCUAAUUUGCAUAACCUUCGACUCUCUUAUAACAAUCUUACUGGUUCAUUGCCUUCGACUUUUGCGGGUUCCAAGAUUACUAAUUUGUGGCUUAACAAUCAGUUACAUGGGUUUUCUGGGACUAUUGAUGUGUUGUCUUCGAUGACCGAGCUUUACCAAGUGUGGCUUCACGCGAAUUCCUUCACGGGUACGAUUCCAGAUUUGUCAAAAUGCACCAAUGUCUUCGAUAUUCAGCUCAGGGACAACCAAUUCACCGGAGUUUUGCCUCCAUCGUUGAUGGGUCUUACUAAACUCGCUAACAUUUCUUUGCAGGACAACAAAUUGCAAGGUCCUAUGCCGGUUUUUGGUCCCGGAGUUACUGUCUCCCUCGGGGUAACCAAUAGGUUCUGCAAGAGCACUCCAGGGCCUUGUGAUCCACAGGUCACUGCUCUUCUUGCUGUUGCUGGGGCUCUUGGGUAUCCCUUGACUCUUGCUCAGUCUUGGCAAGGCAAUAGUGGUUGUUCUGGAUGGACUUUCAUUACCUGUGAUUCGCAGAGCAAUGUUAUAAUUGUCAAUUUUGGGAAGCAACACUUCUCGGGUUUGAUCUCACCUGCCUUUGCGAAUCUAACCUCAUUGAAGAGUUUGUAUUUGAAUGAUAACAAUCUCAUGGGUUCAAUUCCUGAUGUCUUGACAACUCUGCCUCAGCUUCAGGUUCUUGAUGUGUCAAACAACAAUCUUAGUGGACCAAUACCGGUUUUUCAAUCAACUGUGAAGUUUAGUUCCCCUGGUAAUCUGUUUCUUGGGAAGAACAUUACCACUGGAAGUGGAGGAAAUGGUGGAAAUGGUGGACCUUCUGGGUCUGGAUCGAAUUCGAUCACACUCGGAGGAAGUCCUUCGGGGACAUCAAAUGGGUCUUCUUCUAUAUCGGCAGGCAUGAUUGCUGGUGUGGUUAUUGCUGUUGUGGUGUUUGUUGGGGUUGUGUUGUUUGCAUCUUACACACGCUGUGUCAUGAAACGCCAUCAGGGAUUACGGAGAGUCUAUGGUUCUGAAAUAGGGCCAGAAAUGGUAAUGUCUGCGGUAGUGAGUGUUGUGAAUGGGCACGGUGGUGUCCCUAGUGAAUUACAGAGUCAGAGCAGUGGUGAUCAUGGUGACAUGCCCACCUUUGAAGGUGGGAAUGUUGCAAUUUCGAUCCAAGUACUUCGUCAAGUGACCGACAACUUUAGUGAAGAAAAUGUGUUAGGCAGAGGAGGAUUUGGAAUUGUUUACAAAGGGGUAUUGCAUGAUGGGACUAUAAUUGCUGUGAAGAGGAAGGAAUCUGGGGCAAUGGGCACCAAAGGAAUGAAUGAGUUUCAAGCUGAAAUUGCAGUGUUGACAAAAGUUAGGCAUAGACAUUUGGUUGCUCUUCUAGGGUACUGUAUCAAUUGCAAUGAGAGACUUUUGGUAUAUGAGUACAUGCCUCAGGGGACUUUGGCCCAGCAUUUGUUUGAGUGGCGCAGGCUUGGGUAUCCUCCUCUUACUUGGAAGCAGAGGGUGACAAUAGCAUUGGAUAUGGCUAGAGGGGUUGAGUAUUUACAUAGCUUAGCACAACAGAGCUUCAUUCAUAGAGAUUUAAAACCAUCGAACAUACUUCUUGGGGAUGACAUGAGAGCCAAGGUUGCAGAUUUCGGUUUGGUAAAGAAUGCAUCCGACGGAGAGGAUUCUUUUGAGACGCGGUUAGCUGGAACGUUUGGGUAUCUUGCACCUGAGUAUGCUGCUACGGGAAGAGUGACUACAAAAGUGGAUGUCUAUGCAUUCGGCGUCGUUUUGAUGGAGAUCAUCACAGGAAGAAAGGCACUACAUAAGACAGUGCCAGGCGAGAGGGCUCAUUUAGUCCCAUGGUUCCGAAGAGUCCUAAUCAAGGAAAACAUUCACAAGGCUAUCGACCAAACUCUUGACCCUGAUGAAGAGACUUUUGAGAGCAUUAGCAAGGUCGCUGAGCUGGCAGGUCACUGUACUGCUUCUGAGCCAUUGCAAAGACCCGAUAUGGGCCACGCUGUCAACGUGUUGGGUCCUCUUGUUGAGCAGUGGAAACCUUCGCACGAAGAUGAAGAUGAACAUGAAGAUGGCUUUGGCAGUGACCUCCACAUGAGUUUUAGUUUUGAUUAAUUUUGAAGUGUAUAAGCUAACCAUAAGAAAAUAAUAUGUUGUUUUAAUGUAACUAAAAUGGUUGAAAACAAACUAGAUAAUAUAAUAUUAAAUAAAAUAUUUAUAU